UUUCAGCUAAACAGGCUUAUAGUUAGAGCCACCGAUGCCUUGAAACUGCUCGGUACAGCCACUGAGCAGCUCUGUGGUGUGGGUGAAGGUUCGAGUGCCUUGUGUCUUGCUGUGCAUCCCUAAAGGUUACUUUUGACCUAUUUGAUUUGAUUUUGUGUGGGAUUUAGUCUAAGAUGUCACGUGCAUGUCCCUGUUGGCUGAUUUCUGUGUCUGAAUGUCUUUGUGCUGCACAGCGUCUGUAUUCAGAGACAAUCUGUGCAUGUCAGUCAAAGCACAAACAGUGAUAUCUAUUUGAUCUCUGAACUAAACAAAAGAGUGUUUUAUGAAUAAAUAAAAGUCAAUUCUGCAAUCAAUUAUUUUAGCUCUAUGUUGCAUUGCUUUAUCUAAUCAUGCAUUGAUUUCAUCUAGAUCAUAAAUAUCUACACAUCCUUACUAUUCUGCAUAGCUUAUUGUUAACUCGUUACAAACACUUACUCUGUGAUGGGAUCCAUGCCCUGACCUUUGGCUCUUGUUCAAAAAGCCUCUUCAGUUUAUCACUGAUUCUACUUUGAUUUUCCAGUUUUAUGGUGUGACUUUCAUCCCUUUUGUCUCUACAUGUGCUUUAAGCGUAACUUUGGGUCAAACAGUGAUCGCAAAUACACUGCAGUGUUUGUUUUAACCCUGCCAGAUAAGAGUUUAGUAUUCCGGGACAGCUCACUCAGUGCAAACUAACAGCUGUGGACUACAGUGACUGUGCAGUAAAUCUAAACACAUUUAGAAUUCAAAACAAACAAUAAAAAGGACAUUAUAUUUUUGAGUGACUGAAUAAAAAUAUACAGCUAAUCUUAUCAUAUGAUAAUCCAGAAAACUGUUCUUGCAUUCUUGCACUGAGCUGUCCGCCUUGCUAAACUGAGACGUCUGGCUGUUGUGAAUUAUAUAAGUAUGAAUUUCAGGUAUUUGCAAAAACUUUUUGAACCAUCUCAGACAUAAAUGUCUCCAUUUCCUCGCUUUGCUGCGGAAACCAUGAAAAGAACAUUGCUGUGGCUUGUUGAUAACCUCUGUCUCUCCAGCCACAUCAGGACUUGCUAUUUGAUGGAGGCAUGCAACAUAGCGUUAAUUUUUACUCUUUUCUUUUCAAUCAAGGGCCAAACAGUCCAAAAUUCCACGCAAAUCAGAAAGCUGCGUCGGGAGCUGGACGCCUCUCAGGAGAAGGUGGCGACUCUGACAUCUCAGCUGGCUGCCAACGCUCACCUGGUGGCAGCCUUUGAGAAGAGUCUGAGUAACAUGACCUGCCGCCUGCAGAGCCUCACCAUGACAGCCGAGCAAAAGGCUGAGGCAGAAAUCAUCCUCCAGCUGAAGAACGAGCUGAGGGAGAAGGAGCUCAAGUUGACGGACAUCCGCCUGGAGGCACUUAGCUCUGCCCAUCACCUGGACCAGAUCCGAGAGGCCAUGAACCGCAUGCAG